GAUCAGCUGGGCUGGUGUGCUUUAGAUCCAAUGUUGUGUGUAUAUAUAGGUAUACAUAUACACGCACUGCAAGUGCCAGAUCAGAAACAGAAAGGCAGUCUGUCGUUGUCGCGCGUCGCAAAAGCAACGUCGUAAGUCGUAAGUAUAAUAUAAUCCUUUCGUGCUUGUGAAAUCAUAUGAUUCCUACGUUCAUGAACCGAUUAUUGAUAUCAGAGUGCAAUUACAAGUGACCUGUUGCAAAAAAAAAAAGAAAGCAAGCAAAACAAGGGUUAAACAAAACGAUACGCAAGUGACGCGAAGUAAACGUUUCGUUCGUUCGUUCGCAACGACAGAGUGUGUGUGUGCACACGCGAGUAACAUAUAGAUAUUUGGUUCAACAGCAGAGCAGAGAGCAGCAACUAUUCCAUACGAACGAGCAUCUUCAUCAUGGCCAUAUGAGGAGGUGGACGAGGAAACAUUGGCGUUGACGUGCAGCAGAGAACAGCUGAAGAAAAAAAAGGGUCGAGUCUUGAAGGGAAAGGAAAAGGCAGUCCCGAAGAUGUCGGACAUCAAGAGCCUCGAGCAUCCCACGCUUAAAGUGCCAUACGAACUGUUGAACAAAAAAUUUCGUUCAGCACAAAAAACACUGGACAGAGAGGUAUCACACGUCCAAACAGCGACCAAUGAGUUUGAAAAAUCAUGCCUGAAGGACAGUGGCAAAGGUGUUCCCACGAGUGAAAUAACUCGCAUGCUGGGUGGUGUAGUAGCCAAGCUGCAGGUUCUCAAAAGGAAAGCUCAGGAAUCCAUAGCUGAAGAGCUGCAGGCUGGUAUGGUGUGCAAAAGAAGAUUGGACCAUCUCAAAGAGCAUGCCAACACAACCCCCAGCGUAGUUAAUCAAUGGAGAAAGCAGAGACUCGACAGAAUGCUCGUUGAAUACUUUCUGCGCAAAGGCUACUACAAAACUGCCAUAAAAUUGGCUGAUUCUGGUGAUCUCAGAGAUUUGACAAAUAUAGACGUAUUUAUGAUAUCACGAGAGGUUGAGAAAUCGUUAGCGAAUCACGAAACUGCCCGCUGUCUCAGCUGGUGUCACGACAACCGAUCGAAGCUCCGGAAACUCGGCAGCACUAUGGAAUUCAACUUGCGCGUCCAGGAAUUUAUCGAGCUCGUUCGCUCAGAUCGUCGCCUCGACGCUGUCAAGCAUGCCCGUAAAUGCUUUGCCAACUACGAGGAGUAUCAGUUACAGGAGAUACAGGCUUGCAUGGGCCAGCUGGCGUUCCCGGCUGAUCCUCAUCACAGCCCCUACAAGGAUUUGUUAGACGAGAAACGGUGGGACAGAUUAAUAGAGCAGUUCCGCCACGAGAAUUAUCGACUGUUUCAGCUGGCUAGUCAAAGUGUAUUCACAGUAGCGUUACAAGCCGGCUUGUCAGCUCUCAAGACACCCCAGUGUUACAGCGCAAAUAGGGAAGGAAAGAAUCCCAGCUGUCCAGUGUGCAACGAGACUCUCAACGAGCUUGCCACUCCGCUACCCUUUGCUCAUUGCUCGCAGUCGCGGCUCGUUUGCAGCAUCAGCGGUAAAGCGCUCAAUGAAUACAACCAGCCGAUGAUGAUGCCGAACGGCUAUGUUUAUGGUGAAAAGGCUCUGGAGAAAAUGGCACAGGAAAACAAUGGCUCUGUGAUUUGUCCAAAGACCAAAGAAGUAUUUUCGUUUAAGAAAAUUGAAAAAGUUUACGUCAUGUAAGCCCCGUAUCUCCUGUUCACUGCAGCACAAGUUGUAACAUACACACCUUAGAUUUAAUCCGCUCUUAUCUUACAUUAGUGUAGGGAAUUUUUUUUUUUAUUAUUAAAUUAUUAGAGCAUAUUUAAUUAUUACCUACUUGUAAACUUAAUUGUAAA